AUUUAAAGGUGCUACAUAAACGAUCGAUUUGCUUGGACCGCAUUCGUCGAAGAGAGUACCGGAAAAUAAUUGUUAUCGAUUACGCUUAAAGUUUCGUCCAUUUAAUUUGAAAGCGCGGAGAAGCACGGAUAUCCCAACACAAAAAAUGAAAUUGUUUGCUGCAUUUUUGCUAGUGGCUUUUAUAGCUCACUCAAAAGUUGCCUUGGCUGAUGACGUUCUCCGGUGUUAUAGUUGUGAUGGGGAUGAUUGUGACGAUGCCGAUAACUGGGAAAUUGAAACUUGCUAUUCAGCAACAACCGAAAAUCCAGAAACAACAACAACAGAUACAACAACAACGGAAACAACAACAGAUACAACAAAUACCGGAACAAUUACAACAACAGUGGAAACUACAACAGAUGUUGCAUCAACUACAGAUACAACAACUACUGAACCAAGUCCAACAACGACUACUGGGAUGACAACAACUGUGACAAUAGAUACAACAACAUUGCCAACUGAUACAACAACAGUACCAACAGAUACAACAACAGUGCCAACAGAUACAACAACAGUGCCAACAGAUACAACAGCAGUGCCAACAGAUACAACAACAGUGCCGACAACAGUGCCAACAGACACAACAGCAGUGCCAACAGACACAACAGCAGUGCCAACAGAUACAACAACAGUGCCAACAGAUACAACAACAGUGCCAACAGAUACAACAGCAGUGCCAACAGAUACAACAACAGUGCCAACAGAUACAACAGCAGUGCCAACAGAUACAACAACAGUGCCAACAGAUACAACAGCAGUGCCAACAGAUACAACAACAGUGCCAACAGCAGUGCCCACAGAUACAACAGCUGUGCCAACAGAUACAACAGCAGUGCCAACAGAUACAACAGCAGUGCCAACAGAUACAACAGCAGUGCCAACAGAUACAACAACAGUGCCAACAGAUACAACAGCAGUGCCAACAGAUACAACAACAGUGCCAACAGAUACAACAGCAGUACCCACAGAUACAACAGCAGCGCCAACAGAUACAACAGCAGUGCCAACAGAUACAACAGCAGUGCCAACAGAUACCACAGCAGUGCCAACAGACACAACAGCAGUGCCAACAGAUACAACAGCAGUGCCAACAGAUACAACAGCAGGGCCAACAGAAACGGCGCUUUUCAAUACUAAAAAAAUCGUUAAAAAACGAUCAGCCUCAGAAGUUCUUUUAAGACAUUAUCGUGGUCGUAGCCGACGUGCAACUGGUCCAGAUGGCACCGGCUACGCUUGCUACACCAUAGAAUACAAAGAUAAUGAAUCAUCUGAUAACAAAAUGAAGAAGGGUUGCGUUAAAAUAUCUGUGGAUCAGACCGCCUGCGAAGCCAUCAGCGAUAACAUCAUGGGAGGUAAUGCAAUAAUCGAAAAUUGCCAAGUUUGUAUGAGUGAUAAAUGCAAUUCAAGUGCAACGCUACAAUUCUCAUUACUUACAAUGGCCGUAUUGUUACUCAUGAGAUUUUUUAUAUGAUUAUCAUAUAUAAUUUUCAGCUGAUUUAAUUGUUAUAUACAUAUAUACUGAU